AUGCCGCUGGAGGAUGCCCUGGUCCUGGUGGCUAGAGAAUUGAAGAGAUUUUGCGCUGGACAAAGCACUGGGAUUUCUCAGAGGGCCUCUGAGCUGGUGGAUGACUUCCUGGCCCGUGAGCACCUGGCCAGUUACUCUCCACCAGCCAGCAUCUGUCACCUUCUUUUCCUGUUGAGUGAGGGGAAGCAUCUGUACAGUGACGAGCUGGGCCUGCUCAUGGACUACCUAACAACCAGGAAAGAGCAGCUACAAGAAUGCGAGGCUCCGGAUUCAUCCGCCAACAGUGUGCCUGCCUCCUUUCAGGGCAUGAUCACCCCCGUUGUGAGCAAGCCUCCUCCUCUGUUGCCAGUUUCUGGCCCCCGGCCCUUACUUGAUAUUCCUCCUCCCCGCUCUAUCAAGCCCCUCGUUGGAGACAGGCAGGAAGUUGGCCUGCUCCCAGCACCAGGACUGGGCAACCCCAAAGGUCUGUUUCCCGCCUCCUUGCGUCAGGUAGGCCCAUCUAAGAGGCCUGCUCCCUUAGGAUAUUCCCCUGCUGUGCAGGUCAAAAGGCCACUACUUGGGGAGAAGCCAAGCCUUUUGGCUCCAUUGUCAGUUCUUUUUAAGUCAGUGCCACCAAAACGGGCACUCCAACCCAUGUCCUUACGGAAUUAAGGGAUGUGCUAAGAAGUCUGAAGAACAGGGUAGCUGGUUGUGGCCCAGAUGGCAGCUUUACAUCUUCC